AUGCUUGAUCUAUCAACUGAUGUUAUCGUCAAGAUAUUUUAUUACCUUACUUCAUUGGAUGUUGAGGAAUUGCUAGGGAAGCUUGAUCAAAUAGAUGUUCAUCAUCCUCAUCCACAAGUCAAAACCCUAAGGUUGUAUGCUUAUGGUCGAUUGUAUCAAGGUAAGAUAGUUAUCUAUUCGAAUAAGUAUAAAGGAGUACAUUCCACUCAUGAUGCCGUAAUGAAAAUAAACGACUUUUCCCAGAAAUUCAAUGUUGGAACUGUGCCUUCAGAUCAUCCCUCAUCGGCGCUUGAAGAUGAAAUUCUAAGAUCAAGUAGACCACACCAUAUUGCUUUCAAUUUCAUUAGAGAACCUACAGAUUAUGUGACAUUCGUUAAAGAUUUGACGACUUUUAGUCAUAUUCUAGAUUCCAAGGAUAAAGUGUUGAGGAAUUAUCUCCAGUCAGUAUGUCAAACCGAUGUAUGCAUUAAUGGUAAGGCCAUAGUAGUAGAACCUACCACAUCUUUUUUAACAUCUGUGUUAAAAGUUUUGAUAUCUUUGUCAAAUACUGAUCCUUCCAGUCACAUUUUUUGUGAAAAAUUGACUGAAUUGACCAUCCAGUCUACUGACAUUGGUCAAUAUUUCUCGAAACAAUGGGGUACAUUAUUUUCACGCUUCAAAAAUGUCAAGAUCCUCAAUCUUUCGGAUAAUUUAAUUGGACUGGGGAAUUUUUCUGAAGAUGGGAGUGACAUUAUAGGAAGCCAUUUCCAAUGGCCUCCAGGUUUGAUAGAAUUAGAUCUCAGUAAUAAUUUCAUCGACCGAAUAAGUUCUCAAUUCAUUGAUAAUUUACCUCCCACAUUACAAAUUCUUUCAUUGAAUAAUAAUUCAAUAAGGAGUGUGGGCAUAGAUGAUGAAGACAUGUUUCAUAUUUUCCUGCUUCCAAGUCUAAGGAUAUUGGAAUUAUGCGACAAUAAUCGAUUAGUUAUAUUCAAUCCCGAAGUACUUAAUAAUUGUGACGCUAAUUUCGAACAAUUACGUAUUCUCAGAUGUAAUAUCACUAAUCUAAGUGACCUUAAAGUAGCUGCUUCCCAAAACAAAUUCACAUUGGCUUGCUAA